UUCCUGAAGCGGAACCGGCCGUUUCCGGAAGCCGGCAGCCGCCCCAGCCGUCAGACCGGUGGUUGCGACGGUGGGGUUGUGCGCGCAGCCUCUUGCUCUUCCCGGGGUUUGGACCCGACCUUUAACGGUGGGGAAGGAACAUGGCCCUGCUGUGCUACAACCGGGGCUGCGGGCAGCGCUUCGAUCCCGAGACCAACUCCGACGGUAAGAGAAACGCGCCGCCAGACCUCUUCUCCCGUCUUCCCCUCAGCCGGGGGACGCCCUUGGGCCCAAGGGCGUCCCGGGGUCCGCCCGGUUGGUCUUGCUGUAAGAGAAGAACAACCGAUUUUUCUGAUUUUUUAAGCAUUGCAGGCUGUACGAAAGGCAGGCAUAAUAGUGAGAAGCCACCUGAGCCAGUCAAACCUGAAGUCAAGACUACUGAGAAGAAAGAACUUUCUGAAUUGAAACCCAAGUUUCAGGAGCACAUCAUUCAAGCCCCUAAACCAGUAGAAGCAAUAAAGAGGCCGAGCCCAGAUGAACCAAUGACAAACUUGGAAUUAAAAAUAUCUGCCUCCCUAAAACAAGCACUUGAUAAACUUAAACUGUCCUCGGGGAAUGAAGAAAAUAAGAAAGAAGAGGACAGUGAUGAAAUUAAGAUUGGGACCUCAUGUAAAAAUGGAGGGUGUUCAAAGACAUAUCAGGGUCCACAGAGUCUAGAAGAAGUCUGUGUAUAUCAUUCUGGAGUACCUAUUUUUCAUGAAGGGAUGAAAUACUGGAGCUGUUGCAGAAGAAAAACUUCUGAUUUCAAUACAUUCUUAGCCCAGGAGGGUUGUACAACAGGGAAACACAUGUGGACUAAAAAGGAUGCUGGGAAAAAAGUUGUUCCAUGUAGACAUGACUGGCAUCAGACUGGGGGUGAAGUCACCAUUUCAGUGUAUGCUAAAAAUUCACUUCCAGAACUUAGCCAAGUAGAAGCAAAUAGUACAUUGUUAAAUGUGCACAUUGUAUUUGAAGGAGAGAAGGAAUUUCAUCAAAAUGUGAAAUUAUGGGGUGUGAUUGAUGUAACACGAAGUUAUGUAACUAUGACCGCAACAAAGAUUGAGAUCACCAUGAGAAAAGCUGAACCUAUGCAAUGGGCAAGCCUUGAACUGCCUGCUACCAAAAAGCAGGAAAAACAAAAAGAAGAUACAACAGAAUGAGUUGACAGGGAAAGAAAGUUAUUGCCUAUUUCAGAAUUCUUACUAUGGGGUAAAAUGGUGGCUUGCUGCUGUCCUCUCUUGUUGUUGCUGUCGUCGUUGUCGUUGUUGCUGUUGUUGAAUCUGGCAGUUCAGGGUCAACGGUAGGUUCUUAAAAGCCAAAGUCAGUUUAUCUUUUCGUGCCUCCCGUCGUCUUUUUGAGUUACCUAAGUUUGAGUAUUCAUUUCUCCUCACUUGACAGAACUGUAGUUAUGUCCUAUACUUGAAAAGCUAGAAAGUAGCUCAUAAACAGUUACAGUGUUUCUUGGAAUAAUACUGUGUUUAGCAGAGAAAUGUAAAAGAACAUUUGUUUUGUUCGCAUAUCUUUUCUAUUAUCCCGUAAUUAGUAAAGCAAGAUGGAAUGUCGGAUUUUUAAUUAGUUUUUUCAUAAGUUUGUGUUCCUAUAAUACUUGAAAAUCUUUGAGGAGGAGAUGAAGCUGUGCAUUGUUUUAUCCUCGGGAAGGUUACUUUUUCUAGGAGGAAUAAUUCUGAGGUAGUGUAGGAGCUAGUUAAAGGGGAAUAUAUGCAUUGAAUAACAAAUUGGAAUUUGUUUACAGCUAAUUAAAUUAAAACAUUAUAGCAGUACCUAUAUUACUUGCCAAGCACUAUGAUUUAAAUGUAUAGAAAACAAAUGAGAGUAGGGAGGUAUCAAUUUGGUUAAAAUUUGCUGUUUUAUUAAGACUAAGCAAUAAUGUUAAACAUCUCUUUCCUGGUUAUUUUAUAAGGUCUUUGUACGGUGUUAUGACUAAAUCGUACCUUAUUUAUAGCCUGCACCCUCUAAAAAUAUUAGUUACAUGUAAAAUUAUAUAUAUACACACACACACAUAUCUGGCCUCCCCGAUGGAAAACUGUAUGUAUAAAAUCAUAGAUUCAAAGGCUUAUGGAAAUACAUUAGGGUAUCAAAAACUAAAUAUUUAAGCUUUGCUUUAUGAGAAAUAUCUAACAUGUUAAAUAAAAUAGCUGAAUUCUUUUGGAGUUUUUUUUUUUUUUUUUUUUUUUUUUUUAGGCUUUCAUGAGCAGCUUAACAGUUCUAGGUGCUACAAAGUUGAUUCUAUGUUGUACUUCAUUAGAUAAGGUAUCCCAGACGUAGAUUGUUUAUGCUAAUUGAACCCAUUAAAGAUAGUUUAGUUUUUGAGGCAAUGCAGAGCUCACCAAAAAUACUAAAAUUAAGAAAUGUUUUGAAGGCCAAAACUUGGGCAUAACUUAAGAAAUUUGGGUAUGAAUUAUGCUAAUGUAGAUUAAAAUGAUUAUUUCUCAAGCCCCUUGAGUGUUUUUCUUUUAUUCUUACAAAGAAAAUUUGCAUAAGUACAAUUUUAGAAGUAUAGGUUAAUAAAGAGUAUGUCCCACCUAGCCUUAACUACCUUUAGUAGUUAUGUAAUUAUUAAAUUUGCUCUGUUACAAAUAAAGACAUAAAAAAAUCUGGCAACUGGGCUUUCGUGACACAUGGUAUUUUAAUGAAAUACCAUGUAAAAAUUUCAGUACAAUUGAGCCAAAAUACAGUAUAUAAGUUUCUAGUACUUGGGGUUGUAUUUAAAUUUUUAGAAGUUAUCUUACAUAAUUUAAGGACCUGAGUUCAUUGGAGACAUAAAAUCUUGUUUAUUGUUUAGGGGAGAUGUUGAUGAUUUGAUUUGAUUUGAGGUGAUGAUUAAUAUACCUUUUUUAAUGUUUUCUUCUUGAGACUUUUUUUCCCCUAAACAGUAUCUUAAUAGGUUACAUGCAGUUGAACUGUUAAUUUAAAGCAAGUGGAUUAUUCACCUGAAAGUUAGUUACAAAGCACUGACUGUGUGUGUGUGUGUGUGUGUGUGUAGGUGUGUAUGUGAGAGAGAUGCAGCUUAUCUAUUUACUUACAAUAGUGGUUACAUUAGUGACCAUUCUAUUUCCUCUCUCAUUCCUGUUAACCUCUGACUGUUGCCCAAAUAAAAAUCUAAAUAUUUUUAUCUUAGACUCGUACAUAAAGGGACAGAGUUUUUAUUAAAUAGAAUGUGUUACUUUAUCUGUCAAGAAAAUUUAAAUGUUUGGUAAGUUCAUUGUUUCUCUAGAAAUAUUACUACAGCAAAGCAGUCAAAACUAAGUUUAUUAGACACUUGGUAACUAAGCUGACAGCUAAACUCAACAUGGGAAAUAGAAAAUACUAUUUUUUCUUGUUCAGUACCUUUGUUAGUUUAUAAAGAUAGUAAGGUCCUAAGAGUUGAGCUCUUACUUUUUUUAACCUCUUAUCUUGAGAUAAUUUUAGAUUUAUAGAAGAGUU